CUGCUUGGAGGAUUCAUCAUACUUGAAACAACAGCUAAAUUCUGCGGAGGAACUUGACAAGAGUUUAUCUCAGAUGUUUGAUGUUGAUCAUGAUAUUUUGGGUGCUGUGGUAAACAAUGAAGCUAUGCAUGGUUUAAGGGAAAGAAAGAGGAGGCAACGUGAUGAGCAGUCAACUAAGAAUGAUGCUUUUAGUGGAAAGAGUGACUUUGAAAGACUGGAAAAGGUCUCCCCAUUGUUCCAAAGAGUUAUUUCUGCUUUGAUUGAAGAAGAUGAAAUUGAAGAAUCUUACCACCACAACGAGGGAAAGAAUACAUCUAGACAGUGUGCCAGUGAUGAUUCUCAUUGUGGAUCUUGUAAUCAAAUUGAUUUUGAACCCAAAGAUUACGAUAAAAUGGACUCUGAAGUUGAGUCAAAGGGGGAACUUCAAAUUCAGAAGAAUUUUAUAUUGGACAGACUAUCUUGUGAUAAGAGCACUGCAUCUAACACAUUUAGGUACCCCAACACAUCCAGUUCUUUACAAAGCACUGGAGUUUGGCAGGGAGAUGAAGAGUUUUCCCAUUCUGAUAUCACACAUACUAGUGAAAUAUGUUCUAAUGACCUUGAUCAGCUUCCAAGCGCUGAACUAAGUGGUCCUGGAUUUCCUUCUUCGGAUGUUCAGUAUCAGCAGAUGUGUCUGGAUGACAGGCUUCUGCUUGAGUUGCAGAGUAUUGGCAUAUAUCCAGAAAUUUUGCCUGAUUUGGCUGAGGAAGAUGAAGCCUUAAAUCAAGAUAUUAUGGAACUCAAGAAAGGGCUGCAUCAACAGAUUGGGAGGAAGAAGAAAAACUUGGACAGAAUUGAUCGAGCUGUUCAGAAAGUGAGAGAUACAGAAAGGCGGAAGAUUGAGCAAGUUGCAUAUGACCAACUUAUUGAGACGGCUUACAGAAAGAGAAUGGCAUGUCGUGGAAGCAAAAAUUCUAAAAGUGUAGUUCACAAGGUGUCAAAACAAGGUGCCCUGUCUUUCCUCCAGCGUGCUCUUGGAAGAUGUAAAAACUAUGAAGAAACUGGCAACAGCUGCUUUGGUGAACAUGCCCUUCAAAAUAUCAUCUUCUUGGCCCCUUCAUGUGACAAUGACGCAAAAUCCGGUGAAGGCAUUGGCUCUAUGACAGCCAGCAACACUUGCAAUAAAGUUUCCCAUCAAGUGGAGGCCGGAAGAUCAGGUGCGGUUUCCAGUAUUUCUGAGAAGUAUGAUCCCCAUAGAGAUAAUGCAGACAGAGGUAUGCAGGAUUCUUUCCAUGGUUCAGUUCACUCAUCAGAACAAGGAUCAUCCAAAAAUGGGUCUCUGCUUGUCAAGGAGAAAAAGAAGGAAAUGCUGGUUAAUGGUGUUGGUUCUUCCUCAAGAGUACCAAAUCUUGAUGGCCCUGCUCACGGUGGAGUAAAGGGAAAGAGAAGUGAGAGAGAGAGGAAUCAAAGCAGGGACCAGAGUCGACACAUAUCCAUCUCCCGAGACCUGUCAUUGGACAAUAGCCGAAAUGAGUGCAAACCUAAAACAAAGCCCAAGCAGAAGAGUAAUCUAAGUGGACAUCAAGAUAUCUUUGUGGGUAAUGCAGGAACUAAUGAUGGCAAGGAGACUGAUCCAUUGUCUAGUAACCAGGACACAUUGAAGGAGAAGGAAUCGGCCGAGUUGGGUAAUUUGCAACUACAUGAAUUCGAUUCAAUGGAAGAAUUAGGCGUAUCUGGUGAACUUGGUGGCCACCAAGAUCUUAGUUCUUGGUUCAACUUUGAUGAUGAUGGUUUGCCAGAAGAUGAUACUGUUGGGCUUGAAAUACCGAUGGAUGACCUGUCGGAGUUAAAUAUGAUUAUGUGAAGUGAUACAUCUUAUGAAAACUGCUUGCUUGUGCAGCUUCGUUAUAUCAGGUGUAUUUGGCAAACCUGGCGGGCAGCAAGAUCUUUGUUGUUGGUUGUUGGUCAAUUCAGAUCACGAUGACCACGUUUCUGAUGGCCUCAGAAACUGAUUGGGUGGAUGAUGCGUCAUUCAGAUCAUGUUCUUCCUCAUGGAUUAGGCAUUAAUUGUUCUGGCUAAGAAUUUUCAUUCCAUUUGGGGUUCAACUAAGAGGUGAAGAGAAACUUUGAAUCGCAAGUGAUCUUUCUGCUGGAAAUUGUAGAGCAAGUGAUUUAUUGGGAGAUCUGAGAUUCAUGGCUGUCGGAAGUUUGUUGGUCCUUCUCCAUUCUUUUGCUCAGCAAGAUACAAGGACUACGCGUGUCUUGAAAAUAUUCACUUUGUCCAAACAAAGUUUGGCCCUUUAUUAGCAUUCAGGAAUCAGCUUCAUUCAAUUAAAAGGUGUAUCGCCGGGACCGGAGUUGUGCAAACUUGAUGUUGGAUGAAUUUGAUUGAGUCUGGAUGAUCGUGAUUUAUGUUUGAAAAUUUUUGUCUGAAAAUCUUUGUCUAUAAUGUAACGUUUUUAAUUAAUGCCAUUAAAAUAUAGAACUAGUUUUCCUCCUAUCCUGCAGUGCCAACGCAAGACAAACUAAAAUGUGCCCUUAGAGGUUAGAUUCAACAUUUAACCGAAUGAGUUUAUUUGAAGGCAAA